CGAUCUACAAGUUACAGUUUCUACUAUUAUUUUAUUAUUUAUCAAUCAAAAAAAUACUACAAACAUCUGUUCGAGUUUAACAAGGACAAAGUGAUAAAAUUAAAUAAAAUUAAAGAUAAGACAUGCAAUAAUUAAUAAUAAAUUGGAGUUCUGGUCGUGAUUUUGAGAAACUUAUUUUUCUUUUAAACAUUAAAGUAGUUCUUUUCGGAACCCUCCAAUCAUGUUUAAACAAUUAACCAGAUCUUUUAUCCCGAGAAUCAACACAGGUUUAAAUUUAUUGAAACAGAAGUAAUGUUCUUUAUACAUAACAUCUACAUUUUAGCUAAUUAGUUAAUAUUUGUUUUAGAGAAAAUAAAUUAUGGAUAUCUUCAAUUCCCAUACGAAAUAAAUCAAAGACUAACAGAGAUCUUGACGAAGAACUUUACAAGCCUUUGAAUUUCACAAAUAGUCCCGCAAGUGAUUGGAAGGCACAAUAUUCUCGGGUUGGAGGUAAGGCAGAAUUCGGUCCAUGGUAUGAAGCCCAUGUUGUCAGUGCAAGCGUAAUAAUAUUUAUGAUAUACUUUUUUAUAUUACGUGAAGAGAAUGAUAUUGAUGAAUUGUUAACAAAACCAUUAACAGAAACACUUAAAAAGGAUUAAAUAUUUGAUUUACUGUAUAGAAUACUAUCAGGUAUGUGUAUUUAAAGUAGUCUACUCAAUUAUAAAAUGUUUAUUUUUUCUGAAUAUUAAUAAUAAAUUUGUAAGUUUUAAAUCAAAUAUCUUUUUAGUUUAUGUUUAAAAUAUCAAAAUAAACAUACAAAUAUAAAUUAUAAUAUUUUAUUUCAUAAAAAAAACUUCCUAACCUGGAAAUAGAUAAAUUUAAAAUAUAUUGUUACCCAAAAUUAUAGAUUUAGGUAUAGACAGUAAUGUUCCCUAGGGUCUACUUCAUGUAUGUCAUAUACUCAAGAUUUUUUUUAAAAUCACGGGUAUACUUUAAAGACUUGAUAUUUUAUGGGGAAAAAAAAUAGCUACCUUGUGUUUUUUUUUAGUCGUGGACUUAUAUAGUUGUCUUUAAAAACAACUAAAUAAUAUAUAAUUUUGGUACAGAUAUUAUUUUUCAUAAUAAAAAUAACAUUCUCCGUUUAUCAUUGAAUAAAAUUAACAAUUACAUAUGUAUUCACACACACUCGUGAUAUAAUGAAUGAAAAUGUCUUUCAUGAAAAUCAAAUUAAACGUUUAUUGGUUCCCUCAAAAUAAUACAAUUUUAUAGCCAAAGCGAUGUAACAAAUGUUUACAAUUUUGGAGUUUGAUAUUACAAAUUUUAAAUUAUUAUUAAAGAUAAGAUACACGCCUGCUAAUGUAUAAGUCAUUAUUACUCAGUGAAAAGUACAUGGUUUAUAAAAAUAAAAUAAUUACAAAGUUUUUCUAUAAUAUGCAUAUAUAUUGCAGUACAUUAUCACUAUUAAAUGAUGAUAAAUUUUAAACUAUAUAAAUAUGCUUUAGUCUUUACAUUACUGUUCAUAUUAUAUGUACAUACAUGACUGAUAUAUUUUAUAAAUUUGUAAUGCUUUUAGUGAUUUUAUUAUGUAUUUAAAUAUUAUUAAAUAAAAAUAAAUAUGUAUUUAGUGUGUUGGUUCAAAUUUAAAAUUUUCCUUUAAAUCUCGUUAAAACAAAUUUG